CUCGGACCUUCGAGCGACCGGAACUAACCUUCGGUCCGGUCGCGGCGCGACUCGACGCUCGACGUGAUUCUCGACUCCCCGCGAAUUAUCAAUUCACGGUCGAGUUCCCCUGGCUCGGAGAUGAAGACAGGCGCCAGGAGGAAACGAACCUCGAAGAGGAUCGCCGGCCUCGACGCACCCUGGUGCCCCUGCGGGUGAUUGGACCGGGGGAGGAUCUUGGGGAGCUCGGAGGUCCUUCCGGAUUUUCUGUAGAAUUCUCGACAUGUGCAUCCUGAAACGUUGGUCGCGGAUGUGCCUGGUGCUCGGAACCGGGUUGGAAGGUCGCCUCGGAGAUCUCUGAGGUCCUUUGAAGCUGGACGACCAGUCGAGGGCGAUGCAUCCGAGAGAUACGGACUGAGAGGUCACGGAUGUUCUCGGAGGUAAAGGGACGCCAGGACCUGGGGGAACCCUCGAGACGCAUCUUGAAGAGCCCCUUGAAGAGGAUGUGCCUCGCGGUCGAUGGUCCUUAGGCUGACCGACUCCUCGACGGAACCAUGUUAUCGGGCGGUCGCAGGCUGGUCCACUUCAAGAAGAGAUUGAAGCCGAGUCCACCUCUUCGGGGGAUAAAAUGAGCAAGAGCGUGGAACUGCUGGCGGGAACGGAGGAUGGCGAGCCGACUUCCGAUCGGGCUCAGGAGGAGGACCGGUCAAGGUUGAACCUGAACGGAAGCAGACCGCUAUCGAGGAGCGCCACGGAGCUGAGGCACAGGAAAAAGAGCGAGGGGGCGAGAGGCUCCCCAGGACACAGUGGUUCCGGGGAGUCCGGCGGCACCAAUCGCGGCAGAGACCGCCUCGAAGAGCAGCAACACCAGCAACAGCAUCAUCACCCUCGCCACUCGGCGAGGUACGCCACCGUGGCCCAGAGGACGCACACCUUUUUCGCGACCUUGAAGAGCCGAUGGACGCGUAGCCGCAGCAAGGAGCGGAAGAAGAAGGACCCCUCGGCUAUGCCACAGGAUUCCUUCAGGGUUCCCGGGGCCGAGUCCGACUAUGCCGCGGAUUACUCCUCGGAGCACAGCAGGAGCUCUUCGGCUACUCAGAGUCCUGCCAGACACGCGCUCGUUCACCAGGAGUCUCCCUUGGCAAGGGUCGCCAGGGAAAAGGCGGGCACCUCGGUGGAGGACAGUCCCGGAAGAGGCAGCGACGGUUCCUCCAAGGGGUCCUCCGGCUUUCAGGCUCAAAAGGAGUCGAAUCUCUUGGCCGAAUCGCAGGGUCAGGAUGCCUCCGGGACGCAGGACGUCGCCGGGGGCCUUCUCCACGACGAGACCACCCGGAGGAGGGAGCUCGCCCUCCGACAGCACGCCUUCUUCCAGCUGAGGCUCCACAUACGCCGAGGCGCUAACCUGGUCGCCAUGGACCGAUGCGGAGCCAGCGACCCCUACGUGAAGAUCAAGAGCUCCGGCCGCCUCCUGCACAAGUCCAGGACGGUUCACCGCGACCUGAACCCUGUCUGGGACGAGAGCGUGACCCUGCCGAUCGAGGACCCCUUCCAACCCCUCAACAUCAAGGUCUUCGACUACGACUGGGGUCUCCAGGACGACUUCAUGGGCGCCGCCCAGCUGGACCUCCGCAAGCUGGAGCUGGGCCACCCCGAAGACAUCGUCCUGGAAUUAAAGGACCCGGUCAGGCCCAGACUGUACCUGGGGGAGAUUUACCUGACCGCUACCCUCUGGCCCAGGAACCAGCAGGACAAGGAGCAGUACUUCCAGAGGACCAAUAGGCUGGCGGAUGUCAAUCGGAAGCUGAAGUCGCAGAUCUGGAGCUCGGUGGUGACGAUCGUCCUCGUCGAGGCGAAAAAUCUGCUCCCGAUGGACAUAGACGGGCUCUCGGAUCCCUACGUGAAGUUCCGGCUGGGCAGCGAGAAGUACAAGUCGAAGGUCGCCAUGAAGACGCUGAACCCGGUUUGGCUGGAGCAGUUCGACUUGCACCUGUACGAGGACCCUUACCUAGGCCAAGACCUGGAGGUGACGGUCUGGGACAGGGACAGAAGUCACCAGGACGACUUCAUGGGCCGGGUGACCAUCGACCUGGCCGUCCUCGAGCGAGAGACCACCCACAGACUCUGGCGCGACCUCGAAGACGGAGCAGGGAAGAUAUUUCUCUUGCUGACGAUAAGUGGUACCACUGCCAGCGAGACGAUAAGCGACCUGGCCGCCCACGAAGAGACUCCCGAAGAGAGGGUCAGACUGACGCACAGGUACUCCUUGAUGAACACCUUGCAGAGGCCGAGGGACGUCGGCCACCUGACGGUGAAGGUCUACCGAGCCCAGGGUCUCGCGGCAGCCGAUCUGGGUGGCAAGAGCGACCCCUUCUGCGUCCUGGAGCUGGUGAACGCGCGACUGCAGACCCAAACCGAGUACAAGACCCUCGCCCCCAACUGGCAGAAGAUCUUCACCUUCAACGUGAAGGACAUCAACGCGGUCCUGGAUGUGACGGUCUACGACGAGGACCGGGACCACAAGGUGGAGUUCCUGGGCAAGGUGGCAAUUCCGCUGCUCAGGGUGAGGAACGGGGAGAAGAGGUGGUACGCCCUGAAGGACAAGAAGCUGAGGGGCCGAGCCAAGGGCAACUCGCCGCAGAUCCUGCUGGAGCUGACCGUCGUCUGGAACGUCCUGAGAGCCUGCGUCAGGACGGUCAACCCCAAGGAAAAGAAGUACAUGGAACCGGAGGUCAAGUUCAAGCGGCAGCUCUUCCUCAGGAACGUGCUCAGGUUCAAGGCCAUCAUCCUGGGGUUCAUCAACCUUGGGAAAUACAUACAAAGCUGCUGGGAGUGGGAGAGCAAGACGCGAAGCGUCGUAGCCCUAGUUCUCUUCGUCCUCGGAUGUUACUACUUCGAACCCUACAUGAUACCCGCGGCCGCUUUACUUAUCCUCUUCAGGUACUAUCUGGUCGCUGUAGUGACCGGAGCCCCUUUGUCGCACCAGACGAGCCUCGCUCUUCAGGAUGCAGGAGAAGCCAUUUCCGACGAGUGCCCCGCCACGCCCGGGGACGACGACGACGACGAGGACGACAAGGACAAGGAGGAGAAGAAGAGUUUGAAGGAACGACUGCAGACCAUUCAAGAAGUGACCCAGACCGUGCAGAACUCGAUCGGAUACGUGGCCAGCCUCGGCGAGAAGGUGAAGAACCUCUUCAACUUCACGGUGCCUUACCUGAGCUACCUGGCGAUGGUACUGGCCGUGCUGGCCGUGGUCGUUCUCUACCUCAUCCCGGUGAGGUAUCUGAUACUCGCCUGGGGGGUCAACAAGUUCUCCAGGAAGAUUCUGCGUCCCCACUCGGUGCCCAACAACGAGUUCCUGGACCUGCUCUCCAGAGUGCCCGACGACGAGGACCUCCUCAGCUUUAGGGAGCUGAAGCCCCUGCCGACCGCAGACUGCGAAAGAGGCGGUUCCGUGGCGAACCCUUCAGGGAUCCCGACAAGGCGGGACCAGAGGAAGAAGCAGAAGGGCGCGUAACGGAUCAGCCCGCGGCCGGAAGUCGCGGGUUCCCGGACCUCGAGCAUCCUGAAGACGGUCCUGCUGCGCCGGAAGUUCACGCGGAAGCGACCCGUGGAGGACCCGGAAGUGGCCGAAAUAGACUGACCUACCCGCGUGGUCUGGCGCCUUCUCUUCCUCCUGGCUGCGAGGAACGUUCGCUCGUCCAGGUCGACCGGAGGCGACAGGGUGACCCACGACCAUUCGUCAGCAUAUCCAUGAAGAGAAGGGUUAUUCACUCGGCAAAUCCUGGAUCUUAAUACCCGAAAUUACGUGGAAAUCAGGAAAAUGCAAGCAGGGAUCGCUGGAAAUUAUCGAGACAUUGAUAAUUAUUUUAAGGACGAUCGUCCCUCGUUAUCGAAUCACGUUUACGAAGGAAAUCGUUUUUCAUCGAUUCUCGAGUGAAUAGCUCCUUCGCUCAAAGGUAUCUUAAGACCUCGUUAGCUAGACAAUUAAUCGGUUUGCAGAGACCGCGGAAAGGGGAACGAAGCAAUAUUUUUAAGAUUCCACGGUUAUGCGAGACCUUUCGUCUCGAUUCCUUGUUAAUAGCGAGAAAGAUCUGACUCCUAGUUAUAACGUUAAGGGAAGAACCGAUCCGCGGUCUAGGCAAGACUUCCGCAGUGCGGAUUUCCGACGUUUAUCAGCGUUAUCGAGCAUGCCGUAGACGUUGACAAUUUUUGAUCCCCCUCCCGCGUCGAGCGUAACUCGUCCCCGAGUCUCGGUAUUAGUAGCGAGGCCCUGGCGCAGCAGGGGAAAAUUGGGAAAAUCGGGAAACCGCGGGAACGUCCGCUCGACUCGGCGUUUUUUCUUCGAUAUUCGCCCCGGCGAGCCCGAGCGAUCGUUAAGCGCCGACGAGAGAUUUUUUUACCGUCACCUUUUGUACUCUUCCAUUUUUCUACUUCCGAGCGCCCCUCCUCCCCGUCGAGGAAAGUCGGCUCCGCCCGUUCGCCGAGGGACCGCGAAAUUGGAUUUUUCCCGUCAUUUUCUUUCCUUUUUCACGGCGAGGACGACUCUUCGUCGCAGAUGGCGACGUCGUUAUCGACUCGACGUCACUGCCGGUGAUAACGGGCGGCGCCGAUUCCCCUCCGAUUAGCGACUUUUCUAAUGAGUACUCCUUAUGAAUUUCCGUACUCGCUUCUUAAUCUCGUUAACGCGAGUCGCCGGGAUUCUCUUCCUUCGCGUUCGUCGUCGAUUUUUGUCUUUCUCGGACCGCACCUACGUACACGCAUACACACGCACUCGCGUAUUCUCACGUACUCGCACGUACUUCCGGCUACUCUGUGUGCCGACCGUCGUUCCAAUUUUACGGUUCGGAUCCGCCGAUCUUGGUUUCGGACAGAGGCGAGCGAGAGAUUGCUCGUUAAUUACAAAUUAAUUAAUUAACUAUGAAAUCGACGAGCGAUCCCCGACUCUGUCGAGGUCGGUCGGAUCUUCCGGCGAUGUAUCGAGAGCGAAAACGCCGCGCACACGUUUCUCUAUCUUCCUACAUUUCUAAGGUUUACACCGUCGUUAUCGAUUAGGCGAAUAACAGAAGGAUUUAACAGAACAUAUAUCGAGGAGCGAGGUCGGAGCUGGACCGCGAUUCGAGCCGGAUCGUCAACGGGGAUGGUCGUAUUUCUUGAUAUCGACGCUAAUCGGCGAUAAGAGAUGUUUGGUCGGAGUUGUAAAACUAUGUAAAGGAUUGCUAGAAUUAGGUGGAAUCGUCCCUCGUCGUUGUUGAUCUUGAUUCUUGGUCGCAAUGUCGUUCCUCCGGUCGCUCCUCGGCGACUUUCGUGAUCCUACAGAAGGUGGUGAUAUACAUACAAGAUUCGUUAUUACAUUCGUAAUUUAAGGAGAGAAGAGAUACGACUAUAUCGAGAGAAAUGUACGAGGCUUUUAAUAUUACGAAUAACACUUUUUUUCCUCCAGAGGGAUGAGAAGUUGCACCCUAGAGCCGUUUCGAGAAGCUUCACGGGGAUUCCAAGAUGGUCGCCAAGGUUACUCCCACGAAGUAGUAUAAGCAGAUACAACGCCAUGUAUUAAAAUCGUCCAAGGGGUCCAA